CGUCUGAUGGGUGGGCCCGCCGGCCAGUUUCCGGCUGGUGGCUCGCACAGCGUGAGCUCCCACUUCUCCAGUUCAACUACCAAAACCAUUAAUGAUGGCGGUGUUGUGAAGCAGGCCACGUCUAGUACUCAGGAGUCUCGCCAGACUGUCGACGGAGUUUCCACGGGAUCCAAGAGCCAGUCCUCGACCACUACCACCAACUUGGCCGGGGCUGGCGCUCCUGAGGUGCUAACGGACAGACCUCUGGGGUCGGGCGCCAUCGUGCCAUCCCAGAUGGGCCAAAUGAGCGGUGCUAUGGACUUCUUGACAGAUGCCUUUGAAGUUGGAGAUGAUGGACUUGUUCACUUCAAAGUGCGCUUCGACGCCAAAGACUUUGCCCCUGAGGAUAUCGACGUGACCACUGUGGGCAACCGGCUGACCGUUCACGCCAAGAAGACCGUCACCACCGCGGGCUCCAGCACCAGUCGCGAAUUCAGUCGCACUGUUGAUCUGCCACGCUCCAUUGAUCACGAGAAGUUCCAAUGCAAUCUCACGCAGGAUGGCGUUCUCAUCCUCGACGCUCCGGUCAAAGCACCCGACUACUCUUCUAUCACGUUCGACUCUGGCCACAAUCUGAGUAUCCGACCUAAAGACUCUAGUGUGCUCAAAAACACGGACACGAGCAUUUCCAUCAGAGGUCAGUCGGGGCCUCUGGUGCUGAAUGAUGGCGCUGGAGGACGCAAGCUGCAUCUCGAGGUGCCAAUCGAGGAGGGCUAUGCUGCUGAAGACCUCAACGUGCGCAUGGAAGCCAAUAAGAUCAUAGUUUCUGGCAAGCGUGAGAUGAGCGCCGAUAAGAGCGUGGAUUCAAGCACCUCCAAGUCUGCCUUUAAGAGCUCCCAGUUCCAGGAAUUCACACGCACCUUCGAGGUGCCAGAGACUAUCGACCCGUUCACGGUGUCUGCAGUUCUCAAUGGCAAAACUCUUGUCGUCGAGGCUCCUCUUCACUGCACUGUUUGA